AUGCACACAUUAACUAGGGAUGGGAAGCGACCAGAAUACAGGCCUAUUAAAGAAUCUGAGACUUUGUUGAAUAAGUAUCGCGAUGGAGGUGCUAGAGAUCUAUUAGUACUCCACAACAAGAGCCCGCAAUGGAAUGAAGAAACACAGUCAUUUGUUCUUAAUUUUAACGGCAGAGUUACUCAAGCAUCAGUCAAGAAUUUUCAAAUUGUGCACGAUAACGAUUUGGAUUAUAUCGUUAUGCAGUUCGGAAGAGUUGAGCGUGAUUUAUUCACAAUGGACUACAAAUACCCUAUGUGUUUAUUACAAGCAUUUUCAAUUGCUCUUACCUCAUUUGAUGCAAAACUUGCCUGUGAAUAA